AUGAAAAACUCCACACAGGUUUCAUAUUUUACACUCGCUGCCUACUUUGACACCGGUGCUUUUGAAUUCUUAUAUUUCAUGAUUGUUAUGUUGUUAUAUUUUUUUAUCCUUUGUGCCAAUGUGCUGCUGAUUGUGGUCAUCUGUAUGAACAGAAGCUUACAUGAGCCUAUGUACCUGUUUCUGUGCAGCCUGUUUGUAAAUGAAGUGUAUGGUAGCACAGGGCUGUUUCCAUUGCUCCUGGCUCAGAUUCUCUCUGACAUUCACACUGUUUCUGCUUAUCUUUGCUAUCUGCAGAUUUAUUUCGUGCAUUGUUAUGGGACUGUAGAGUAUAUAAACUUAGCCGUCAUGUCCUAUGACAGAUACCUUGCUAUUUGUUAUCCUCUACAAUAUAACACACGUAUGACAACUAACAAGACUGCCACACUGAUUGCUGUGGCAUGGCUCUAUGGUGUUCUUACAUGUGGUAUCAUGAUUUCUUUGAGUUCCUCUUUACAGCUGUGUGGAAACAUCAUUUACAAAGUUUACUGUGAUAAUUACUCUGUUGUGAAGCUGGCCUGUUCUGACAUCUCAGCGAUUAAUGUUUAUGGACUCAUUAUUUCUUUUGGCACAAUCAUUAGUCCUUUAAUUUUAAUCCUUUACACUUACAUGAGGAUCCUUAAAGUGUGUUUCUCAGGCUCCAAACAGACCAGACAGAAAGCUGUCAGUACCUGCACACCUCACCUCGCUUCCCUGCUCAACUUUACUCUCGGGGCUAGCUUUGAACUAUUACAGAGCAGAUUUGAUAUGAACAGUGUGCCCAACAUGCUGCGGAUAUUUUUAUCCCUGUACUGGCUCACGUGUCAGCCGCUCCUAAACCCUUUACUGUACGGUGUGAACAUCUCCAAAAUCCGUAUCAUAUGCAAAAGUCUGCUCUUUGCUAAAAUGUAG